UACCAUCUGUAUAUAACUUGAUGAACUUGAUGAUAUCAAUUGCAAUCCGGAGAGAGCUUCUCGACCAAACCUGUUAGUUUUCUGAACCUUGGUCGUUAUUAGACAAGUCAUGAAGUAUCUGAGUGUGCUGCUGAUAGCGGCCUAUGUGGUCGGCACCCUAUCGAUGACGCUCACCAAUACCGACAGGGAUUGGGAAGACUGGAAGGCGGCAAACGGCAGGAGUUAUCAUAGCGACUUCGAGGAAAACAGAAGAAGAAAGAUAUGGUCAGAGAACCUUGAAAUCGUCCUAGAGCACAAAGUUAAAUUCGAUGAGGGAGAGGUUUCAUACGAGCUAGGAAUGAACCAGUUCGCUGAUAUGACAAAUGAAGAGUUCGUGCUUAUGAUGACUGGUUUCCGGCAGAAUGUCACAUCCAAGGCAUCCAGUGGCUCUACCUUCCUUCCACCAUCCUACUCUGAACUCCCAAAGCAGGUUGAUUGGCGCACCAAGGGUUAUGUAACUCCUGUCAAGGACCAGAAACAAUGUGGUUCAUGCUGGGCGUUCAGUGCCACUGGAUCUUUAGAAGGACAACAUUUCAAGGCGACAGGCAAGUUGGUGAGCUUGAGCGAACAGAACUUAGUCGACUGUUCUGGGCCUGAGGGUAACGAAGGAUGCAAUGGUGGUCUUAUGGACCAAGCCUUCCAGUACAUCAUCGAUGCACAUGGCAUUGAUACAGAAGCAAGCUACCCUUACAAAGCAGUGGACCAACAAUGCCAUUUCAAAAAAUCUGAUGUAGGAGCUACCGUCACCGGCUACACCGAUGUCACCUCAGGAUCUGAGACGGCGCUACAGAAAGCUGUAGCCCAUGUGGGUCCUGUCUCAGUAGCUAUUGAUGCCAGUCAUAUGUCCUUCCAGCUUUAUCAGUCAGGAGUUUACAACGAGCCUGCAUGCAGCUCUUCCUUAUUGGAUCAUGGCGUUCUUGCAGUCGGUUAUGCAAGCACCAGUGACGGUACCGAUUACUGGAUUGUUAAGAACAGCUGGGGAGAGUCUUGGGGGAUGAAAGGAUACCUGUGGAUGUCUCGUAACAAGAACAACCAAUGUGGUAUUGCUACUCAAGCUAGUUACCCUCUGGUGUAAUCUGCAUCCAAUCUCCUGAACUGUUUUGCAAGAACAUCUAUGCAUUUUCAAAAUCACUCAGUUAAACCGUAUACCCCACAUCUUCUUUUGGAGUAGAAUAUUAAAUCAACAGAUAUGAAUAUAAAGUAAUAUACCAAAAUCAGGAUACAUUGACGUGCGGCAUUUAUCCCUUUGAAUACUUCAAUUUGUUAACCAGAAUUCCUCAAGGUGCCUAAAGCGCGUAAAGGACACCAUUACUAUUCACGUUGCUAAGUUUGUGUUUUAAGAGGUUAUAUUCAUGGUAUCUUGUCAAUGAUAUCACAUGCUUAAUGCUUUCCUUUCUUAUUGCCCAUUUAUGGCUCUUUUUCUCGGGAAAAAUACAGUCGAACAAUAUAAUGAUAAUGAUAUUACAAUGAGAUGCCCUUCAACCCAUUUUUUAUAUAGUUUAUAUACAGUAGAGUGAUAUUUAUGAAAACUGUACAACUGCAAUGGAAAAGUGAUGGCUUGUCAAAACAGAUAUUUACUCAAGAAAUACAAUGUUGAUUUGAGUCAAUACAUGUAUAAUGAUAGAAACGAAAAGAGGAGAAGGCUAUACAUGUAUUACAAAAAGGCGUGACAGUCUUGUAUUGUUUUGUUUAACAGUGAUAAUCAUGAGAAGGUAUGCAAUUCAACGAGUGAUAUCACAGGCUCAAUUUUUCUGAUGUAUCUGUAUAAUUAUGUUUUAUAUCAUGACUUUCAAAUAACUGCAUUAUAUAAAUAGUUAAAAAGGAAUCUUUUCUUCUUAUCGCGAUUUAUUUCAAUAUUCUCCAGAGGCGACUAUGUUCAACAUUCUUUUAGCAUGAGAUUGACAUAUUCGAGUAAAAGGGCCCUAAAAGAAAAGGGUUUUCUUUCAUGGGUUUUUAGAGAUUAUUUUUGUUCCAAUUCAUGAUUUUGAUGGAUACGAGCUUACAUUUUCUUCUCUGUCAUGUGAUUAAACAAGUCAGGAAAAUCAAAUAAAAAUUUGAAAUGAAUUUUCUCAUCUGA